CCAACAAACAAAAGGUAUUCUACGCCACCACCACACAAAUCACCCAUCCACCUAACCAAUUCAUGCCAGCCGCUAUGGGAAAUUAUGAUAAUGAUGGCAAGAAGUCAACACCAUGCGCCAAUUGUAUGGCGGCGCUUAAGUGGAUACCAGUCAUAUUCAUCUCCGCCGUUAUUGCGUGGUCCUACUACGCUUAUGUAGUACAGCUUUGCUUAUUAUCCAUUGACAACACCUUUGAAAAGAUAGUUUUUCUCAUAUUCUAUCAUAUAAUAUGCAUGCUGUUUUUCUGGUCCUAUUGGAAUACCAUAUUUACACCAGUGGGUACAGUGCCAUCAAAUUGGCGCAUACCUGAAUCAGACAUUGAACACAUUUUCCAUGCAGACACACAGGAACAACAAAAGCGAAUUUUAGAAAACUUUGCCAAAACGCUGCCAGUCACAAAUCGUACUUUAAAUGGAUCGGUGCGUUUUUGUGAAAAAUGCAAAAUAAUCAAACCAGAUCGCGCACAUCACUGCAGUGUCUCACCUUUUCGCAAUAUGUCCUAG